AUGAUCCAAAUGGCAGCCAGUGAGAAAGACCUCUCAUCGUGGAAUGGCUUCCAAUGGCGAAGAAAAAUGGAAGCGUUUGGUGACAGAGACGAGUCGGUUGUUGCCGUGGGUGCGACGGGUGACAUAGAGGGUAUCUGCCAACAUGGCGAAUUGACAGAUAGAGGGCGGGAGACCACAUUUGAGCUGGGUCAGCGUCUGAGACAUCUAUAUGUCGACCAGCUCGGUUUCAUGCCAAAGAUUAAAUCGGAUACGGAAGAUAUGUAUCUUCGCGCCACGCCUAUCCCUCGAGCUCUCGAGUCUCUCCACCAAGCCUUCUGGGGUAUGUAUCCAGCCAGUGCGCGUACGCAAGACUUCCCUCCGCCGGUGAUUGUUGCUCGCUCUUUCUCGGAUGAGACGCUCUUUCCCAAUGAGGGCAACUGCCGGCGAUUCAGGCAAUUGGCCCGGCUAUUCGCUGAUCGCGCCGCGAAAAGAUGGAACGAGUCCGAACAAAUGAGCUACCUCAACAGCCUCUGGUCUAAAUGGAUGCCUGACGCCUCCCCCCAAAUCGCCGUUGACUCCCAUCCCCGCCUCUCCGGUAUCCAAGACACGAUCAACGCGACCGACGCCCACGGUCCCGCCACAAGACUACCCGCGGAGUUCUACGACAAGAAAGCCCGCGAGUACACCAACACCAUCGCUGUCGACGAGUGGUUCGCCGGAUACGCGGAGAGCAGGGAAUACCGGAAACUCGGGAUCGGCGCCCUGAUGGGCGACGUGGUCGACCGCAUGGUCAACGCCGCUGCCAACGGCGGCUGGCGCAGCGAGCGCUCCGCUUCCGGCUCGUCCGCGGAGAACGGCAAGGCGAUCAAAUUCGCCAUGAGCGGGUGCCACGAUACCACCCUCGCCGCUAUCCUGGGCAGUGUCGGCGCCUUCGACGCCAAAUGGCCGCCUUUCACCUCUUCCAUCGCUAUUGAACUCUUCUCCCGAGCGGAGAACGCCCCCGCGUCGUCACCUUCUCCGUCCGCCAAGCAACGAGGCCUCCUCUCGUACCUCACCGGUCAUGAUGUCUCGCCCUCGUCCGACACUGACCGCGCCCCGCUUUCAUCUCUCCCGAACUCAACACGGCAGGCGCUAAGGAACCACUACGUGCGUAUUCGAUACAAUGACCACCCCGUCCGGAUUCCCGGCUGCGCGGCGAAAGCGGAGAACCAUCUCCCCGGCGACGAGACGUUCUGCACGCUCGAUGCAUUCAAGGAGGUUGUGGAUAAGUUCACGCCCAAGGACUGGAGGGAGGAGUGUGUACAGAACCUGGGGGAGGGGCUGUACGGCAAGGACGAUGCGGAGAAGGCUGUUGCUGGGUUCUAG